AUGUCAUUUUUCAAUUAUUUUAAGAAAAUGUAAAAAAAUAAUGAAGAAUAAUAGAAAAAUGUAAAAAAUAGAAAUUAUUUUGAACAAAUGAAGAAUUCUUAAUUAAAAUUUUUGUUUUAAGAAUAAGUUUCUAAAUUUAAGCCUGUUGGAAAAGUAUCAUAUAAAUAUUUUUUAAUAGAAAUAUUAGUUUUAAGAUUUGAAUAUUCAAUACCAAAAUCAAUCUCAACCUUUCUGGUCCACAAAAAUGUUAAUUUCUGCUCAAUUAUCUAUUGAAAACCUAAAGAAAGAGAAUGAAUUGUUAAAAAGAAAAUUAAAAUAUGUGAAAAAUAAAAAUAAAAUGAAUUGA